UUUCUUUGACGUAUAGCACACCAGAGGCUCGUCUGAUACGUCGUAAAAAUGACUGCUUUAGCCUCGAGAAACGUAAAUUUUCUAACGAAAAUAGUGAAAUGUGUGAACAACUAUUCGAAGAGGCUUUCGUCGCAUUUUAUUUACUUUCCUGACAAUGAAGCUCCAGUGGAAGGUGAAACAAACAAAAUGAACAUGAUGCAAGCUAUCAACAAUGCUAUGGACAUUACAUUGCAAAAUGAUCCAACUGCGGUUCUGUUCGGUGAAGACGUUGCCUUCGGCGGUGUGUUCAGGUGUGCUUUGGGUUUACAGGAAAAAUACGGCAAGGACCGUGUAUUUAACACACCACUAUGUGAACAAGGUAUAGCUGGUUUCGGUAUUGGCUUAGCUACAGCUGGUGCCACAGCUAUUGCUGAAAUUCAGUUUGCUGAUUACAUUUUUCCGGCUUUUGAUCAGAUAGUGAACGAAGCUGCCAAGGCGCGGUAUCGUUCCGGGGGUCAGUUUGAUUGCGGUGGACUUACUAUACGCGCUCCUUGCAGCGCGGUGGGGCACGGGGGACUUUAUCACUCGCAAAGUCCGGAAGCUUUCUUCGCACACGUGCCGGGACUAAAGAUUGUGGUACCUCGUGGACCGAUCGCAGCUAAAGGUCUCCUUUUAUCCUGCGUACGAGAACGCGACCCCUGUCUGUUCCUCGAGCCCAAGAUAUUGUACCGAUCUGCUAACGAAAUGGUGCCUGUAGACGACUACACUCUGCCCAUAGGGAAGGCGCAGGUGUUGAGAGAAGGUGACGCAGCCACUCUGAUCGCUUGGGGCACGCAGGUGCAUGUGUUGUUAGAAGUGGCCGAUAUGGCCAAGGAGAAAUUGGGCGUCAACGUAGAGGUCAUUGACCUCAUGUCCAUAUUGCCCUGGGACGAGGAAACCGUCUGCAAUUCGGUGAAGAAGACCGGCCGCUGUCUCAUAUCGCACGAAGCGCCUCUCACCUCGGGCUUCGGGGCUGAACUCGCGGCAACCAUUCAGGAAGAAUGCUUCCUACACUUAGAGGCGCCUAUAAGCCGCGUAACGGGUUGGGACGCGCCGUUCCCCCACGUGUUCGAGCCUCUCUACCUGCCCACCAAGUGGCGCUGUAUGCAGCACCUGCACCAGUUGAUCAACUACUGAACCUUAUUAACAUAAUCCAGUACACUUAGUACAAGUUUGUAACGAAAACUAUCAUAGUUUUCGUAAUUGUAAAUUAUGUUUCUAUGUCUAUUUCGGCGAAAACUAACCAAAUAUACUUACUUAAAAUUUAAGAAGACGCAAAUGAUUUAAUGAUAGAGUUUAAACACUGUUUAUUUGUAUUGAAAUGAAAACAAUAAAAUCAGUACCUACCCUUAGUACGAGUACGAGCACACGAAAACUGUCGUAGUUUUCGUAAUUGUAAAACUCGUACUAAGAGUACAGUAAGUAACCUUACCCCGAGUUUUUGGCGGGAUUUCAUCGAGUGUGAUUGGCGUCUUAUUUUGAUUAUUCUUUAAUUCGUUCAUAGUGGAUAUUGUGAAAUAAAAUUGGUGUGAUUUUGUAUUACAACCUGUCUGCACAAAUGAAGAAUUAGUGCAAGGGCGGAUCCAGGGGGAGUCAUGGGGG